CGGGAAUCAAUCAUUGGCACUCCUGCAGCCAAUGCAGUAGCUGCGUAGAGUGUACGCAAGCCAAUAUGCGAUGUUGCAUCGGCGCAAUUGGCCCUGGCGGUGCGACCAGUCCUCACCCCACACGGUAACUCAGCGCUGAAGCUAAAACAUUUCUCCCAGUAAUUGUAUAGCAUUUCGCCACGGGGAUUCACAAUCGGUCAAUUCGUUGCUGACGAGAGAAACAGACCCCGGUAGGUGCAGAGGCAAGACCGGGACCAGCGGAUGAAACAGUGAAUCCAUGAAAUUCACCGGAUUGACUUAUUUAAAGGCCCGCGGUCCUGCAUUGAUCGGACGAUUCAUCCACCCAAGCAAAAAAAGUCAACAUCCAGCGUCUCACUAUGGAUACUGAAAGGUGCGAUCUGGGGCCUUAUGUCCCAACCUUCCAUGCUCCAUCUGACAUCAAUGCGAUCCGCGAGUCCGUCUAUACCAACGGGAUAGCGUUCGUUGGGGGAUGUGACGAAGACUCCUUAGUCACUCUUGCGAACCACCUGGGACAAGUCGUCAGACCACGAAAUGAGAAAACGCCCGGCAGUGGCGUGAGCAACAUUCGAUUCGCAUCGAACCUGGUUGGUAAAGGGUAUAGCUCUGAAGAGCUAUUCUUUCACACCGAUCGCAGCGGAUGGGAUCAGCCACCACGGAUUUUGAUGUCAACUCUUCGUAGCCAAUCGGAAACCGGGGGCGAAUCGCUGCUGGUGGACGGCCGAAAGGUUCUCGAGGCCCUAAAGCAACAGGACAGGGGUCUGUACGACCUAUUCAUAAGCUCCAAGCAUACCAGUUUCCGUGCCGACGACGGAACGUUUGUGCCACGGGCGAUGUUCGAUGAACAAGCAGGAAUCUUUCGCUUUCGGUUCGACGAUGGCAUUCAGAUGUCUGCGUCUAUGGUUGUUGGCUUCGCCAAACUGCGAGACAUGAUCUAUGAGAGUGCAUAUUUCGUAUCGUUGCAGCCAGGUCAGGGCUAUGUCCUAGACAAUCACCGCUACCUGCAUGGUCGAGCCUCAUUCACAGGUUCGCGGGAGCUACUACGUGUUCUCGUCAACCCCUCCACCGCAGGCUCUGAGAAGGUAAUCUUGUUUGACAUCGAUGGCACACUGUGUCGGUCCGAGGCGCUCAGUAUUGACGCAUAUUAUUCCUGCGUCAGUGAUAUCGUGGGCAAGGACAUCACUCAUGCAAAUACCCCAGUGAACUUGCAUGGACGAACCGAUCUCGGCUUACUGCAUGACAUCCUUGAUUAUCACCAGGUGCCAUCGAAGGCUCUGGUCGUGGAGAAAUUCCUUCACCUUCAUCCGCAGUACCUCGAGCGGUCCUUGACCAAAGGACUAUCGUCAGUGGUAUGCCCGGGUGCAAAGGAGACACUCAGCUGGUUGAUAAGGUAUAAAGAGGGCCUCGGUUGUCCGAGGCUCCACAUCGGACUGAUAACAGGUAACUCGCGUCCCAAUGCGUUGCUUAAACUCCAAGGAGCGGGAAUCGACACUAGUAUCUUUGACGUCGAUAUCUCCUCAUUUGGAGACACCCACCAUAAUCGAUUGUCGCUGUUUCGAGAAUCCCUCACCAAACUUCAAACCCGCCUUGGCCCUCAUGUACGCGCAAGUGAUGUUUUGGUCGUGGGAGAUACGCCGUUGGAUGUGGAAUGUGCCAAGCAAGCUGGUUGUUCGGUUGUGGCUGUUGCAACGGGGAACUAUAAGGUGGAGGAGCUUGCCUCGCUGCAGCCUAACUUCUGCUGCAGUCAGCUGACUGAAACGAAGGAAUACCUGCAGAUGGUCUUUUGA